CGCCUCUCCUGAUUACUCGUUCACCAAAGGAGUGGAGUUGUCCAAGGCAGACAUUUUUGAUGAAAAUUACCCAACUACAGAAACAUCGGUCAAUUGUUUUUCACCGGUAGCAAAAGAACACGAUACACUUUAGGGUAGACGAGCUACGACUGGGAUUGUAAUAAAAGUGUUCGCUCUCAGACAGUUUACUCGAAGAUCUCCCAGACCAGGUUCUAAAACGUCGUUUAACUUCAGUGCUUGGGCUGAGAUCAGGGAUCCUCCUCAUCUGACGAACCGGUACGAGUCCCCAGCACAGAGUCUGUGAAAAUCAAGAUGUCGUCAAAGUUGCAGAGUUCCAAUAACAUAGCCCAGGCCAGGAGGACUGUCCAACAGCUGAAAUUAGAAGCUAACAUUGAGAGGAUAAAGGUUUCAAAAGCCUCUGCCGACCUCAUGAACUACUGUGGAGAGCAUGCCAAAUACGACCCUCUCCUAAUGGGCAUCCCAGCCUCAGAAAACCCCUUCAAGGAUAAGAAACCCUGCACUAUAUUGUAACAGAAUGUCAGAACUCUGGGUGUGCUUUUUAAUGUUCCUUUUUAUAGAGAUAAAUUUGAUUUUUAAACACAUAAGUACACUAGUCGCCUUAAGAGUCAACAAAUGCCCCCUUUCCCCCCCGACCCCUUUAAAUACAUUCACCUCAAGGCUAACACAUUAAAAAAAAAAAAAAAAAAAAAGAUCG